AAGCGUUUGCCUCUCUAUCCGGAAGGGGCGGGGCACGGCGUUGGAAGCAGCCAAUGGGCGCUCUGGAGGCGGGGCCUCCCGCUGUGGGAGCGGCGGCGGGAACCUUCCCUCAGUCCCGGAGGCGGGCCGGGCUCUGGAUUCAUGGAGGGGGCCGAGGGGCCGAGUACAGAACUUGCCAAGGCCAUCAAACCUAUUGAUCGGAAGUCAGUCCAUCAGAUUUGUUCCGGCCAGGUGGUACUGAGUCUCAGCACCGCUGUGAAGGAGUUGGUCGAAAACAGUGUGGAUGCCGGUGCCACUAAUAUUGAUCUAAGGCUUAAAGACUAUGGGGUGGACCUCAUUGAAGUUUCAGACAAUGGAUGCGGGGUAGAAGAAGAAAACUUUGAAGGUUUAACUCUGAAACAUCAUACUUCUAAGAUUCAAGAGUUCGCUGACCUAACCCAGGUGGAAACUUUCGGCUUCCGGGGGGAAGCUCUGAGUUCACUUUGUGCCCUGAGCGAUGUCACUAUUUCUACCUGCCACGCGUCUGCAAAGGUGGGAACUCGACUGGUGUUUGAUCACAAUGGGAGAAUUGUCCAGAAAACCCUCUACCCACGGCCCAGAGGGACGACGGUCAGUGUCCAGCAGUUGUUUUAUACGCUUCCUGUGCGCCAUAAGGAGUUUCAGAGGAAUAUUAAAAAGGAGUAUGCCAAAAUGAUCCAGGUCUUACAUGCCUACUGUAUCAUUUCAGCAGGCGUCCGUGUAAGUUGCACCAAUCAGGUUGGACAAGGAAAGCGACAGCCUGUGGUGUGCACAAGUGGAAGCACCAGCAUCAAGGAAAAUAUUGGAUCAGUGUUUGGGCAGAAGCAGUUGCAAAGCCUCAUUCCUUUUGUGCAGCUGCCCCCUAGUGACUCCGUCUGUGAAGAGUACGGGCUGAGCUGUUCUGAUGCUCUGCAUAAUCUGUUUUGCAUCUCAGGUUUCAUUUCUCGCUGUACUCAUGGUGUUGGAAGGAGUUCAACAGACAGACAAUUUUUCUUUAUCAAUCGACGGCCUUGUGACCCAGCAAAGGUUUCCAGACUCGUGAAUGAGGUCUAUCACAUGUAUAAUCGACAUCAGUAUCCAUUUGUUGUUCUUAACGUUUCUGUUGAUUCAGAAUGUGUUGAUAUCAAUGUUACUCCAGAUAAAAGGCAAAUUCUACUCCAAGAGGAGAAGCUUUUGUUGGCAGUUUUAAAGACGUCUUUGAUAGGAAUGUUUGAUAGUGAGGUCAACAAACUUAAUGUCAAUCAGCAGCCGCUGCUGGAUACUGAAGGGAACCUAAUAAAAAUACACUCAGCAGAGGUGGAACAGCCUUUGCCAGAAAAGCAGGAUCGUCCCGCAUCGUCCAGGACUCGAGGGGAGGAGAAGCGGGCGGUGACCAUUUGCAGACUGAGAGAGGCCUUUUCCCUUCAUCACGCGACAGGGAGCAAGUCUCAGGGCCAGAAGGCUGCUGAGCCCAGACGGAUUUCUCCAAGACAGAAAAGAAGCGCACAGUUUCGUAGCACUUCCGACUCCCUCUGCCCCCAGAAGCCCGUCUCUGCCACAGGCUCGUCCAGCCCCCGGGAAGAGGCGACGAGCUCAGAGGAGGAUGCCUGUGACCGCACGGACAAAGUGGAGAAGGACUCAGGGCACAGCAGCACUUCAGCCGGCUCAGGGGAAGCGUCCAGCACCCCAGAAACGGGCCGCCACUCCAGCAGUGACCGCACAGCAAGCUCCCCUGAAGACAGGUUUUCACAAGAAAAUGUGGAGUCUUGUCAGAAGUUACCUGAAACUGGCCAUCGUUUUUCAGACACAGAACGCCAUUUAGGCCAUGAAGAUAGUGGAUCUAAAUUUAGAGUUUUGCCUCAGCCAACUAAUCUCACAGCCUCAAACACAAAGCGUUUGAAAAAAGAAGAAAUUCCUUUAAAUUCUGACAUCCUUCCAGAGUUGGUUAACACUCAGAGCCCGUCAGUUUCUCAAGUUGAUGUAGCUGUUACAAUUAACAAGAAAAUAGUGCCCCUUGACUUUUCUAUGAGUUCUUUAGCUAAACAAAUAAAGCGGUUACAUCACCAAGAACAAAAAAGAGCAGGUGAACAGAAUUAUAGGAGGUUUAGGGCAAAGAUUUGCCCUGGAGAAAAUCAAGCAGCAGAAGAUGAACUAAGAAAAGAGAUAAGUAAGACGAUGUUUGCAGAAAUGGAAAUCAUUGGCCAGUUUAACUUGGGAUUUAUAAUAACCAAACUGGAUGCCGACAUCUUCAUAGUGGACCAGCACGCCACGGAUGAGAAAUACAACUUCGAGAUGCUCCAGCAGCACACUGUGCUCCAGGGUCAGAGGCUCAUAGCACCGCAGACUCUCAACUUAACUGCCGUCAAUGAAGCUGUUCUGAUAGAAAACCUGGAAAUAUUCCGAAAGAAUGGCUUUGAUUUUGUUAUCGAUGAAGGCGCUCCAGUCACUGAAAGGGCUAAAUUGAUUUCCUUGCCGACCAGUAAAAACUGGACCUUUGGCCCUCAGGACGUAGAUGAACUGAUCUUCAUGCUGAGUGACAGCCCUGGGGUGAUGUGCCGGCCUUCCCGAGUCAGGCAGAUGUUUGCCUCCAGAGCCUGUCGAAAGUCUGUGAUGAUCGGAACCGCGCUCAACGCGAGCGAGAUGAGGAAGCUCAUCACCCACAUGGGCGAGAUGGACCACCCCUGGAACUGCCCCCACGGAAGGCCCACCAUGCGGCACAUCGCCAACCUGGACGUCAUUUCUCCAAACUGAUGGCAUUCCUCAGUUUUUAGGACUCUAGAUUUUAUCGCAGCUUUUUCUGUUUUGAAAGACAGGGUUUUAACUAGCCAUUUUUGUUUGUUUGUUUCGAAAUUAACCGGCUCCUUAAACAAAGUACUAGAUCCAUUUAGAAAUGACCUAGAGAUCCUUUUUAAAUCAUGUGGAGCGUUGCUUGCACAUUUUUUGUUCUGCAUUUGAAUGUGUGUGUGUGCGUGUGCGCGUGUGUGCAGGCGAGAGCAUGUUGUACAAAAAUGGGAAGAGCACUUGCGGAGUGACCCAGGCCUCUGCUCUGGCCGGACGUGCUUUAGGCUCCAACUCUCAGCCUUUAAUGAUGACAAAAUUCAUAAUGGUUUCGUUUCAUAAAUGUAAAAUUAUGGCCUUUUGGGAUUAGUGGUUCUCAACCCUGAUGCUCGUGAAAUUUAAAAAAAGGAAUAAUCCAGAAAACCCAAGGGGGAUUCUCUGCCCGGCUGGAAGAAAACCGGGUGGGGCUGAGGUCACUAUUUUUAGAUGUUCCCUGGCACAGUCAGGGUGGCAAAGCACUGUUGUAGGCAAGGGAAAAUAAAAGACUUUGAGUUUCCUGUAACCUUAA